GGAGGAGAGUGAUAGACAUAAAAUGUAAAUGGUGAAUAUCCAAUUUAAGAUGUCUCGGAUGAAUUAAACGCGUUUAUCACACAAAUUCCUUUUUAAAACGAUGUGAGAGAUACGUAACACUUAUCUUGGCCGUAAAGGGCCAAACAUUAACAAUCAUGAUUGCGGUCAUUUUAAUCUUAAUUGUAGUCCAAGGAUUGGUUUCCAUUGAGCCAUGUCUUCAGCAUUGCAUUUGCAAACGUGUAGGUCCACAAGCAGAGUGGUUGAAACUAAUAUGCAGUGAUAACUUGCAAGAAAUAAAACAGGUUGCUAUCGAUACUAUUAGUGUUGAGAUCUUUCAACUGGAUAUGAGCAAAAAUGAAAUUUACAUGAUAGAGCCAAGUGUGUUCAGAAACUUGACCAAUUUGAAGCGAUUAAAUCUUUCAUCUAACAAAGUCACUACCUUGAGCGAAGGAUCAUUUAAUGGUCUUGAAAACUUGGAAAGGCUAGACUUGAGUCGUAAUCUAAUUACGACAAUAGCCUCGCAUGCCUUCAAACAACUGACGCACCUAAAACGUCUUGAUUUAUCUGCCAAUCAGCUGAGCAAAUUGGGUCAAACUUUGCUUCAUAAUUUGGUGGCUUUAGAGCGCUUAAAACUAAACGACAAUUAUUUGAAAACUUUAAAAGAAGGAACUUUUCACAGGCUUAAAUCUUUGAAGCAGCUGGACGUUUCUGACAAUCCAUGGAAUUGUGAUUGCGAUCUUUAUUGGUUUAGCAGUUGGAUUCAUAACUGCUCUUUAAAAUUAAAUCCUCCACCAAAAUGUGUCUCGCCAUCAAAUCUUAAAGAUCAGGCAAUCAAAAAGUUGAGGCUUGCGGAAGGCUUGCGUUGUCAGUGGACAACACAAAUUCCUGCAUUAGAAGUGCUUCCAAAUCAAAAUCAAGUUGUUUUUGCUGGUGAUUCAAUAACUCUGAAGUGUCGAGCACCUAGUAUUACAGAUGAUGAAGCCACUAAAUUGAAAUGGCUAUGGAAUCCUAAUAUCACUGCAAAUGCUCAAGAUUUCAACAUGCACCUAAAUCCAAACGACAGUUUGUCCAACAUAAAAAUUGAAUACAGGCGGUUGGAAAGUAGCGGCCUCGUAGACAGUUCUCUCAGCAUCAUACCUGUAAAAGAAGAGCAUAAUGGUCAAUGGAAUUGCUUACUAGCCUCCGUCUAUGGCAAUAAAUCAAAGACCAUAAACGUGAUAGUAAUAUCGAAUCGUACUCGUUAUUGUCCAUUAACAGUCACUAGAAACAACAAAGGCACAUAUACAUGGCCGCACACAGUCAUAGGUUGGAAAGUUGAACUACCUUGUGAAAGUAGUCACUCAUCCAGUUUAAUGCAACAUAAAUUAUUAGCAUCUUACCAAUGCAACGCCACUGGAGGUUGGGAAAACUUAAACACCGAGCAAUGCCCCUACGUAUCCUCUACAACCAAAGUUCUCGAGCAGUUUUCGAAAGUGAAUCUCUCUUUAACAAAAACCAACUUAAUUGAGACUGUUAAAAAAUUUAAGAAUUAUACUGGAGACACUGUUAAGCUUACAGAUCCCGUCGAGAUCAACUUUAUAUCUCAAACGAUUGAAAAUUAUUUGAGUUACUUGGUUGAGGAGAAAGAACUCGGACCAAUGCUUGUAGACAUCAUUAACACAAUACUCAAUUUGCCGAAACAAAUGUUGAAAUCAGCAGAACUUAGCUACAAGUCUUGCACAAAAUUAAACAACGCAGUGGAAAAAAUUGCAGAGUUGACACCGGCUAUUCAGUCACAUAAAAAUAACAUGGCACUUGAGGAGAUUAGAGUCAGGCCCGAAAGUUUUGUGGGGCUGGUGUGCAUUUGGUACAAAAGCAAUCAUCCUAAUGAGAAACGAGAACUGUACUGCACUAUUAAUAAUAAAACAACAAUGGUCAGCAUUAAAGAUCAGACGAUCGAAGCCUCUGUACAAUUACCUCCCUCAAUGUUUAACCAUGUGAAAUAUACGGGAGCAACACAUCAACUUAUGAUCUCCAUGUAUAGUGAUAAUAGACUAUUUCCUAAUACGAAUGAGACUGAUAAUAUGGAUAUUUCAUCGUGCGUUAUCGGAAGUAAAAUAAUUGGAGCAAGAGUGGAAAAUUUAACAGAGCCAGUUUACGUAAUGCUGAAAGCACCCUUGUUCCAUUACUCUGGCAGCCAGCCGAUCCCUGUUGUUUGGGAUUCUACUUUAAAUGAAAAAGGAGGAUGGAGUAGCGAUGGUUGUCAAUUUCUAAAUUUAAUUAACAACCUGAUAUUCUUCCAAUGUAACAGACUUGGAUAUUACGGGCUUCUUGAAGAUGCUACUCAACUUAAUAUGGAAGGCAGAAGUUUAAGCGGUGCUAGAUUCAAAUACUCGAAUCCUGCGAUUUACGUUGGAAGUCUUAUUGUGAUAAUGUGCCUGGUUACAAUCACUGUUACUUACGUAUGCUGUUACCCAUCAAUUGCAAUGCCUAAAAAGGCAAAGCAUUCUAUUAUAAAUACCUGGAUCGCGAUGACUCUGCUUUGUGUUCUAUAUAGCGCUGGAAUACAACAGACUGAAAAUGUCGAAAUUUGCCAAGGUGUUGGAUUAGCUUUGCAUUAUUUGUCUUUGUGCUGUUUUUUAUGGAUGGCCGCGUCAGCAAGCCAUAUGUACAAACGUCUCUCAAAAUCUGUCGUCGAAAACUUGCCUGAAGAUGAAUUGCAUGAGCCAGCAAUUCGCAAGCCCUUACUUGGACUUUAUCUUGCCGGUUGGGGUAUCGCAUUAAUAAUUUGUGGUAUAUCCGGUGCAAUCAACCUACGCGAAUACGCUUCCUAUUCUCACUGCUUUUUAACGUCGGCACCUUCUUUGGCUGCUCUUUUUAUGCCGGCGGUCCUUCUUUUCAUCUACUUGAUCAUUCUCUACAUGCUCAUCAGAUGCACUAUUAGAAAUAGUGACUUGAAUGGUCAACUAUCUGAAGGAACUCAAGCGACUGAGAAUAUGGAUUUAGAAUUGUUAGAACCAAAUGCAAAUGCAACUCCUGAUGGAGCAAGUUUGCACAGUUCUCAAACGGUCGCAUCCGAAGUUGAGGAUGUGGAGCAUUCUCAAAUAACACAACUGAAGGGGCAAAUUAUUAUCAUGGUUUUGUACCUCACUACUUGGACCUUUGCUGCUUUGACUACUGCCAACUUACUAAAAACGUACAUUUCUUACAAAGAAACAUUGUUUGCCGUUUUAUACGCAAUUUCCGCAAGUUCAUUGGGAAUUUUUAUACUCUUCUUUUAUGGAAUUGCCCGAAAUGAUGUACGAUCACAAUGGUUGUUGAUGCGGUGCUGGUUGAAGAAACGAAAGCACAGAUGCUGCAGACCACGCGGCGUUUCUGAUACUGUGUCGCCAUUGCCUACCCAACCGCUAACUUCGAAUCUCCCGGUUCCAUUUUCUAAUUCACAAGCUACUCAGGUAACAUCGGAUACGACUUCAGUUAGUUCAUCAAGACACACUAAUAAAUCGCAAACUAGUUACAAUAUAGCCAAACUUACAGAUUUAGGAGUUGCAGCGACAGUUAAUCCAUCUGAAAUGAGUAACGUAAAACUGAUAAUGAUGCAUCGACAGCAAUACAGGUCUAAUAAUUCAGUAACGACAUACAAUACUGAAUCUGUGCCUGCUUGUGUGGAAAUGUUCUACAAUCCACAUCAAAGUGGGGUAGCCCGAAAGUUUUUCAAAAGGCAACGCAAGCAUACAAAAAAUAAUAAUCUUGGACCAAGGAAACAGGGCGACGGUGGAAUUACAAGCGAUGGAGGUAGUUGUAUCUCUAUUCCUAGACGAGCAGUUAACUUAGAAAACGAUAUUGGAAGGAGUAUUCUCAGUGGUGGAACCAAAGUUAAUAAUACGAAUAUUCACGUUGAGCUAAAUCCUGUGAAUGACUUGAAAAACGUGAACAUUCUCUCAGACAGUGGAGGUAGUAUGUCAGAAGAGAGGAAUCUGCCUUUGCGUUUCGUGAUUGGACAAGAGAGUAACGUUAGAAACACAAAGAAGGUCAACAAUGAUUCUGCUCAUCACGAUCUGCAGGAUUCGAUACAUUAUCGUAUGCCAUCUUCUACAAGAGAUUCGCAUCACAUGACCCAGGAAAAUCAAAAUGCGGUAUCUAUUAGUCCAUACGAAUCGGACACAGGAUCCAAAACAGAUGAAAAAAAGCAACUGCGCAACGCCUCCCAACAGUGCAGUUUAGAGUGUAGCUCAGAUGUGGAUUCGAUGGUCCAAAUAGUUAGUGAAAAAAGCGAGCAAAACUUUUCAGAAAUUGAUGAUAUGCUAGAAAGACCAAGAAAAAAGAAAGGCAGGUGCUCAAGUUUCGUCGAUACAAGUAAUAUCGACGAUCAUCGAAGAUCCUCCUUAAAGAAAUCAAGUUAUUUUUGCAGUAUGUAUACCUUACCUACAGACUGUACGAAUUCUUUAAAAAGCAGAAGCUGUCGCAAUUCCAUACGUGACGCAAUGUCUUUUGCAAGCUCAAAAAAUUGCGAAUACUCUAAAUCCUCUUACGUUGAUUCCUUCUCCUCAAACUCGCACAUACAAGAAAAAACAACCGACGGGUCUCGGGAAUCAAUGGGUUCACCAUUCGUACAGGAAGCUUAUAAAUCUAUCAGCGAAAAUGACUUGGUCCGGAGAGGACCGAUCUGUGAUUUAUUAAAUAGCAAAGACUGUCCUCUGAUCUCUUGCGCAGAACAGCGCGAUCUGGAAGAACUGCAGUUAUCGAAUUUCGAAAGGAAUGACGAAAUUCCACGUAAAAUCGGGAAGAACUUUUAUUCCCUAAGUGACCUAGAGCAAACAAAAGGCUCGAUUGAUGUUAUUCAAAGAUAUCAAGACAUUAACGCCAGUAUAGGUGUUGAUUAUGAGGAUACCAACUUCAGUAGCAAGCAGAAUUACUCUGACGAUGACGUCGCAGCCUUAGACGAUUGUCUCACUCAGGAUUCCUUGUUUGAUUUAUCAAAUGUAAAGAAGGAAACCAGUGUUUGAACUGGAUUGUGGGGAAGUAACUCGUUAAAAGUAACGAAGUUACUAAAGAAUGUACUACCGGAGUAACUUUUGUGGUUAUAGUUACAAUAGGGUCGUUAAAAAGAAAAACAUUUUUUUUUUAAAUUUUAAUUUAAAAUAUAGAAAUAUAGAACCAUUUUUUCUAUAAGGAAAUGAGUUUUGUGAAGUAUAUCCUUUUAUUCAUUCGAAAAUCUGUAUAUAUUUUUAAAAAUGCGAAUAGUCACUGCUUAGCAGAAUCCCCAUACCAAUAAAUCUGUCAACUGUUUCGACUUUUUUUAUUUGAAGAAGUUGUAACCAGUAUUCAACCUCGAAAUUGAAUUGCCGCGUUUUACUUCAGGAAUACUAGAAUUACAUAUGUUUAAGAUAAUUAGAGGUUAUUCUUGUUUUGAAUCAAAUUUGUAUUCGGAGCGAACAAUGUGCUCAAUUAAAAUACUUUUGGUGUAAAACGCAUUAUUUUGGAUUCUAAUCCGAGCAUUCGAAAAAAUGGUUUUACAAAAAAAAAAUAUUGAAAUUAGACAAUUUUUCACUCCAAAUACAUAUUUGAUUCAACCUGGUUUAAAGACCUUUAAUAUUCGACUCAAGGUUAGUGUAAAAUUUAAAAUAUUACUAUUUUAUUUUUUAUUUUUUUCCGAAAUAAAUUACUUGAACAUUUUCUCUUAUCAUUGUAAAGAUUAGGUAACUUAUUAUUAAAAAUUUUGAUUGUUGCAAAUCAUACAACGACCCUAUUGAAACUAUGUAAGUUUCAUCUGACUUGGUUUAAAUUUGUCAGGUACCAGUAAUUUUACUUUUACUUUUUUUGAGUAACUUCCCUAACCCUGUUGAAGUGGCAAAACAUAUCUUUAUGGUAUUUUUAUGGCGGCACUCUACUACUAGUCGGAUUAAAAAGUAUCCAAAUUCGUAAUUUAUAAGUGUUUAGACGAUUAUUUUUAGAAUCUCGAAUUUUAUUUGAUAAAAACUAUUCAAUGAAAAUCAUAGAUUUAUAUAAUGCUGUUUCAUGAAUGUCAGAAAAUUAUAUUGAAAUUAUAUUGAAAAGUCCAACAAAUUUUUUACAGGGCUAAGCAAUAUUUUUUCGUUUUAUUGAUAGGACGAAUGUUAAGUAUCUUCCAUGAACGUGCCAAAAUGACAGCAGUCUACUUCUGUCUGAUGCCAAGAUUAUAUGAUACUGUAAAAGCUCUUUUACUCGUUACCUGUGAAUAAGGAAUGUCCUUUUGAGUUUACAAGAUAUUAAAUCGAUUCUUAUUGAAUUUAAUAAUCCUAAAGAAGUUUGAAUAGAGAAUGCAUCUUUUCGAAGCGAUCUAGAGAGCAAUUAUUUAUUAAUCAAAUGAUUACAAGACGUCCUAUUUUCAAGCUCUAUCUCUUUGUAGCACAUGUGGGUGAGCUUUUCGCCAUUAUUUACAUAUUUUUUAAUAAUAUGUGUAUAUAUAUUCGAUAUUAAGUGUAUGUAUUAGAUAUUGUAUAAUGCAAGGCGAUAGUAUGUUUUUUUAAUUUCUUUCAAAUAACCGAAAUUGACUUUCUGAUUUUGAGAAUAUAAUGUUCAGUAUUUACUUAAAUCUAAAGAAAAACUUAUUAGAGACAGUGGCGAUUUAGUCGAACAAAAUGAAUGCACGUUUUGUAGUAUUAAAAUUCAAUUACACAGCGUCUAUACUUUCAGUGCAUUCUGUAUUACACAUUGACUUUAUUAGAUAUCACUUAUAACAUCUUUGAAGACUGAUUCUUUUUUUUACAUUUAUACAUUUUGCUGUGUGUCACGGUGAUACAGUGCUGGCGGGAGCGCACUCAAGAUUUCGGAUACCAAUUUUGUCACUGUAUGUAUAUAUAAUCUUGCUGUAAAUACUUUUUACUUUUGAAAUAAACAUUUGAGUUAAUUGCUAAA